UUGACAGUCGGACAAACAAUCGUGUUGUAUUUAAUUUGGAAAUUUAUUUUAAUUUUUAACAAAAUGAACGAGAAUGACGACGAGUUGACUACUUUUUGUGAUUCAGCGACAGCGCUUGUAGAAGGGUGUCGUUUGCCAGUUCGCAUGCAAGGAGGUGAUGACUGGCCCCUAGCUGAAAUUAUUAGUAUAAAAGAAAUCCACGGGCAGAGAGGAUACUAUGUGCACUAUGUUGACUUCAACAAACGUUUGGACGAGUGGGUGGGGGAGUCAUGGCUGGAUACAAGGAAGGUCCAGUUUCCACGGAGGGACGGCACUGCCACCGGAGGCACCACAACACCAAAGAAGACCCAUAUUGGAUCAGGAGGUGGCGUGAUGCCUAGUUUUAUUAAUGAUAGUGUCUGCAACGAAAAUCAGAAUCUGAAGACUAAUGUCUCAAAUAGAGCUAACACAAACCAACCGAAUCAAAAAAUACAUGAGAAAGUCAAUUUAAACAUUGCACCCAAUGGUACCGCACAAAAAAAUUCACUUGGCAUGGCGAGCGAGCCGCGGCAGUUGGUCUCGCGGCCGGCGAGCCCCACGCUCGGCCACGACACCACGUCCCUGGUCAACGGAGGCGCUGUCCUCGCCGCUGCCCUGCAGAAGAAGAUGAACAGGAAACGAAAAGCUACCUCACUGGAUACCGAUGUGCCUACUCCGGUUCGCAUGUCCACCUCGGAGUCGGACCCCACGCCGGCGUCCGUGGCGGCGUCCGCGCCGGCGUCGGAGGCGGCGGAGGCGGAGGCGGUGAGCGGCUCGGCCACGCCCACGGCGCGCCCGCGCACGUCGGGCAGCAUGCUGGCGCACGGCCACGACGACCUCGUCACGCGCAUGAAGAACAUCGAGCUCAUCGAGCUGGGCCGCCACCGCAUACGCCCGUGGUACUUCGCGCCCUACCCGCAGGAAAUGGUGAACCUUCCUUGUAUAUACAUUUGUGAAUUCUGUUUGAAAUACAGAAAAAGUAAAAAGUGUUUGGAACGACAUUUAAUAAAAUGCAAAUUAAAACAUCCACCGGGAAACGAAAUAUAUCGAAAGGGCAGUAUAUCGUUCUUCGAAAUAGACGGAAGGAAGAACAAAUGUUACGCGCAGAACCUGUGUCUGCUAGCUAAACUAUUCUUAGACCACAAAACUUUGUACUACGAUACGGAUCCUUUCCUGUUUUAUGUCAUGACAGAAUUUGAUUCUAGAGGGUUUCACAUAGUAGGAUACUUUUCCAAAGAGAAAGAGAGCACGGAAGACUACAACGUAGCCUGUAUAUUGACAUUACCUCCAUACCAAAGAAAAGGUUAUGGAAAACUGCUAAUAGAAUUUAGUUACGAAUUAUCAAAAUUCGAAGGUAAAACUGGAUCGCCGGAGAAGCCGCUUUCGGAUUUAGGCUUACUGUCAUAUAGGAGUUAUUGGGCGCAAACAAUUCUAGAUAUAUUGAUGCACAUCAAGCCGGUCGGCGACAACGAAAAACCAAUAAUCACUAUCAACGAAAUAUGCGAGUUAACAAGCAUAAAGAAAGAAGACGUGAUAAGCACAUUGCAGAAUUUGAAUCUAAUCAAUUACUACAAGGGACAGUACAUAAUUUCAGUCAAUCAGGAAACGAUGCAGCAACACGAAAAAGCAAUGGAGAAAAGAACAUCCAGAAUCGAUCCCAAAUGUUUGCAUUGGACGCCAAAGGAUUGGUCCAAACGUGCCAAAUGUGUUUGAAGUGAUUAUGUAACGAAGAUACGAGCAAUCUAACUCAGGCUUCGAAACGUAGCGGAAUACUUCAAAAGACCAUCUAUUAACUUGAAGAAGUGAAAUUCAACAAUGCGAUGUCAAUAAUAUAUUAUCAAAAAUCUCAAAAAAUGUUAUGAUACUUCCUUAGAUUUUAUGAUAAUGUCUGGUAUACAAAUAGCAUAGUAUUAGUCGAUGCGAAUGUUAAAACCCACCGUAAAUAUUGUGUUAGAUACAGCAGUGUCUAUAUAUGUAUAAUAUAGUUUGUUUAUUAGGUUUGGAUACAAAGGCGUCGCCAAGGGACGACAGGUAGGGGCAGCUGCCCCUAACCCCUUCCCCUAGAGUUUCUAAAACCAAUGAAUUCACCAAUGGUAGCCCCCCCCCCCCCUAGAGUUUCCAGAACUCGAAUGAUGUCCCCAAUUCCAUUCCUAAUAUAUCCGCACGCUCAAUUACACGCUGCUCUAUCUUAUCGUUAAAGCGCGAGAUGGGAGGAACGUGUGCUCUCGACUUUAUCUACUAUUCAUACUUUGCCCAUUCUCCAUAUCAACUUGCCUUCUGGACCAUCGACUGGCGACGCUCUUGUUUGAAUAUCUAGAAUGCUGCAAUAUCUCAGAGUUGUCAAAAUAUAGGUGUUUAUUGUAGUAAAAUUUGGUUUUAUAUUUAAGUAAAUUUCGUGAGAGAGUAAUUUUGUUUGUCAGCUUGAGUCAAUACACCCGUAAAAGUUUAGUUACGGAUCUUUUUUUUUUAUUUCUGGUAUUUUGACUAAAUUAAGGCAGCGCUGUAUAAUGUCUGUGGGGAAAUAUGGAACUAUCAUUUUUUACGUAAUUAGAAAAUAUAUUUUGAUUAUAGUUUGAGUUAAAUUAUACUUCUUCAUGAUUGUUUUUUGAGACUUCGUUGAACCUUUGGCGUUUUAGCGUUUCUUACGAUAUUGUUUUUGAAAAUGAAGUUUCUUUUGCCAAUGCUCUCGCUACAGUAGAAAUAUAAGAAAAACUCUUCGUUGUGAUAUUGAAUAUAUCAAUCUUUAAAAUUCA